AUGGAUGAUUGGAUGACCUUCAUAGAUAAUGACCUUACAAGAGGUGAAGAUAUAACAGAGGAGCUUCUCGAAGUAAUUGAAGGAUCAAGGAUUUCCAUUGUUGUAUUUUCUGCAAAAUAUGCAUAUUCAAAGUGGUGCUUGGAUGAACUUGUCAAGAUCUUUCAAUGUAAAGAAUCCAAGCAACAAAUCGUUUACCCAAUUUUCUACAAGGUAGAUCCGUCGGAGAUACGAUACCAGAAGGGCCAGGUUCGUGACGGAAUUGCUCACCUCAGCAAAUACGAGGAUAACUUAACGAAGGUGGGGAGUUGGAAGGCAGCCCUUACACAAGCAGCAACUUUGUCUGGGUGGCACAUCUCGGAUGGAGGGCAUGAAGCGAAUGUUAUUGAUGAAAUUGUUAAAGUGAUAUCAACCAAAAUAAUGAAAUGCACCCUUUUAGAUGUGGCAACACAUCCUGUUGGAAUAGAAUCUCGUGUAGAAGACAUACUUAAGCUCUUAAAUGUAGAGCAAGGCGAUCCUCACAUGGUAGGGAUAUGGGGAAUUGGCGGAAUAGGAAAAACAACACUUGCAAAAGCUGUUUACAAUUCAAUUAGCCAUAAGUUUGAACAUAGUUGUUUCUUGCAUUGCCUGAUCGGAUCAAAGAAGUUUUUCUUCAUAUUGCAUGUUUCUUUAAAGGUGACCAACAAAGCUAUGUGA